AACAGCAUUUCCAAUGGUAUGAAAAUGGAUGAGGUGGUAUUAAAAUCAACACCCCUGCAAAGGAGCAUGUUAGUUCAUUGCAUCGUCGUUGCCGGAGUCCCAACCCAAUGAAGCUCCUCCGUCAUCACCGUGGCUCAUCCACCGCCACCCUUCUGGCGGAGAAAGCAAUCACAUACCUAAAACGCCACCCUCAAAACCUCCCCUCACUAACCCCUCACUUCACCCCUGAAGCCGCCUCCCACCUCCUCCUCAGCUCCCACCUCAACCAACCCGCCGCCCUCCUCAACUUCCUUAACUGGGCCCAACCCCACGCUUUCUUCACCCCACAUUGCAAAUCCCUCGCCCUCCACCUCCUCACCCGCUUCCACCUCUUCAAAACCGCUCAAUCCCUCGCCGAAGACCUCGCCGGAACCCUAAACGACACCACCGGCGCCGUCGUCUUCCACCUCCUCAAUGACUCCUACCACAAAUGCCGCUCCUCCUCCGCCGUCUUCGACCUGGUCAUCAAAUCCUACUCCCGAAUCAACCUCGUUGACAGGGCCCUCCACACCGUCGACCUCGCCCUCCGCCACGGCUUCUCCCCCGGCGUCUUGUCCUACAAUUCAAUCCUCGACUCGAUCCUGAGGCAUCGGGCCUCCAUCUCGGAUGCCGAGCGCGUGUUCCGGGACAUGGUCCGGAACGGUGUGUCGCCGAAUGUUUAUACUUACAAUGUCAUGAUCCGGGGCUUCGCCGCCGCCGGGAAAUUGGAAUUGGGGUUUGGCCUCAUGCGGGAGAUGGAGGCGAAAGGGUGUUCGCCCAAUGUGGUUACGUAUAAUACGCUGAUCGCGGCGAGUUGCAAGGAGAAGAAGGUGGGGGAAGCGUUUGGGUUGUUGAGAGCAAUGGCGGAGAAGGGUGUGGAGCCGAAUUUGCGUUCGUUCAAUGCGGUUAUUAACGGAUUUUGCGCGGAAGGGAAAAUGAGAGAGGCUCAUGAGGUGGUUGAGGAGAUGAAUAGGAAGGGUUUGGCUCCUGAUUGUGUCACUUACAACACGCUUGUGAAUGGGUUCUGUAAAGAAGGGAAUUUCCACCAGGGGCUUGUGCUUCUUCAUGAGAUGGCUGGUAAGGGGUUAUCUCCCAAUGUUGUUACUUACACCACAUUGAUAAGUGGCAUGUGUAAGGUUAAGAAUCUGAAUCGUGCUGUGGAGCUUUUGUUUCAGAUGCGCGUGAGGGGGCUGAGUCCCAAUGAGAGGACUUACACGACUUUGAUUGAUGGAUUCUGCCAGCAGGGGUUGAUGAAUGAGGCUUAUAAGGUUUUGAGUGAGAUGAUUGUUAAUGGGUUUUCGCCCUCGGUUGUUACUUACAACGCGCUUGUUCAUGGGUAUUGCUUUUUGGGGAGGGUUGAGGAGGCUGUGGGGAUUUUGAGGGGCAUGGUUGAGAGGGGUUUGUGCCCCGAUGUUGUUAGUUAUAGCACUGUUAUAUCCGGGUUUUGCCGAAACCGGGAGCUAGGGAAGGCCUUUGAAAUGAAGGUGGAGAUGGUUGAAAAGGGCAUCUUGCCUGAUGCUGUCACGUAUUCGUCGCUUAUACAAGGCCUUUGCCAGGAGCGAAAACUGCCAGAAGCUUUUGAUCUCUUCCGAGAGAUGUUGCGCGGGGGCCUGUCGCCGGAUGAGGUUACUUAUACUAGCUUGAUGAAUGCAUAUUGUGCUGAAGGUGAGUUGAGUAAGGCUCUUCAUUUGCAUGAUGAAAUGAUACAGAAGGGCUUUUUGCCUGAUAUAGUUACCUAUAGUGUGCUUAUUAAUGGACUUAAUAAGAAAGCUAGGACAAGAGAAGCUAAGAAGCUUCUUCUGAAGUUGUUUUAUGACGAGUCUAUACCCACUGAUGUAACAUAUGAUACUCUGAUAGAGAACUGCAGUAAUAAUGAGUUUAAGAGUGUGGUAGGGCUUGUCAAAGGUUUCUGUAUGAAGGGUUUAAUGAAUGAAGCAGGCAGAGUUUUUAGCACAAUGCUUCAAAGGGAUUAUAAGCCUGAUGGAACAGUUUAUAAUUUAAUGAUUCAUGGACAUUGUAGAUGUGGUAAUGUUCGCAAGGCAUACAAUAUGUACAUGGAGAUGGUGCAUUGUGGUUUUGUUUCUCAUAUGGUGACUGUAAUUGCUCUUAUUAAAGCUUUAUCUAGUGAAGGAAUGAACGAUGAGCUAAGUUGCGUAAUUCAAAACAUAUUGAUGAGCUGUACUCUUAAUGAUUCUGAGCUACCUAAAGCACUUGUUGAAAUUAACUUCAAAGAAGGUAACAUGGAUACUGUUUUGAAUGUGCUAACUGAAAUGGCCAAGGAUGGCCUGUUACCUGAUGGUGGAAAGCAUUCAUAUGCUUCAGCAAGUGCCUAAUAUCUCUUGUUUUUCCUGUUGAACUCUGUUACCAUAAACAUUGAGCUGACUCUUCCAGCUUACAUCUAGCAUGCUUUGGCUUGGAGACUUACAAUGUGGAAAGUUCUCCCUGGCUAGGAAAGCAGUUUAUCACUUUUUUUACCUGGAACUCUAUAACUAUCAAAUAUCUCCUUCUUGAUCAGGAAGGGGGGUAAGACCAAGGCAGAGAGCGAUGGAUUUUAUGGUUCUCAGCAGGUUGUGUUAAAGGUCACCCUGAAAAGCUAAGACAAUAGGGCAUUUGAUUGCAAGUUCAAGGGAAAGCCUGGAUGUCAGAUCAGGAUUGAGAUCUGGAGUCUGAAGUUUGCAGAACUGGAUAUAUGUGGGUGACCGAAUAACGGAUCUUAGAUUGACCUGAUACCAUUUUAGAAUUCAGAUGGUUGCUCGAAGAGAUGAACAGACGAAGAAAAUGGUUGCUUAAACUCAACAAAGAAUAUGGCUACACAAGAUGAAGAAUAGGAAGAUAUGAGUAGGUGGAUGGUUGCUCAAAUGUAGAAGAUGAAGAGAUGAGUAGGGGAUGAUUGCUCAAAUAUUGAAGAGAUGAUGAAACAACAUAUAUGAGUUUCAUGGAGAAGAAGAGUGUGUAUGUGAUGAGGGUAGGACUGUCAAAGAAGGGAGGGUUUAAGUCCAUCCUUCAAUAAAAAUAAAAGUCGGACACAUCUGCCCUAGUUUGUUAAGGAGGCUACUCUUCCAAUCUGCCAAGAAAAUUGAGUAGAUUUCCUUGCAAAAUGGAAUGGACCCUCUCUUGCUAGCAGAUGUUUUAGGAGUUCUCUUCGAGCAACCCUAGUUACUUCUGUUUGUUAGCCCACUAGGGUCUUUAGUUUUUCUCUGAAAAUUGCAUCGAAAAUUAGGGAAAAAUAAUAACCCAUAGGUUAUAUAACUUAUAAGCUUAAUUCUAUUUGGUAAAGAAAUUUGUUUUGGUCAUAAAGGCUUGUACGUUUGUAAGAAAAAAAAACUCUAAAUUAACUCAAAUAACUAGUCAAAACCACACUUUUAUAUCUCUUUCAUAAUUACUCUGGCAACCCUUACAUGAGGUAAACAAUUUCUUACCUUCUAU